AUGGUGGAUAACAAAGAAGUUUCUGAUGAUAUUCUGAAGUUUAAAGAUGGCGCCGGAUGGGGCUACCGACAUCAGCAAUGCAUCAUAUUAUUUUUCGUAUUAACUAUAGGAUACAGCAUGAGAUCAUGCAUGGGUGUAGCUUUGGUAGCUAUGACUGAUGACAGUAUUGAAAAACUUAACGUCACUGAAUUUAAAGGAGAAAACGCAACAAAAGAAUUUGAAGCUGAGGGAUUCUUUAAUGCAAUAAUGCUAGUUCCACCGUACCCAAAAUUUGGUUGGACAAAAAAAGUGCAAGAAACGAUAAUAGCUUCAUUCUUCUGGGGCUAUAUGCUGCUUCAACUACCAGCGGGACAAUUAGCCCACAGGUUUGGGGCCAAGUAUCUCUUAACUGGAGCUUUGAUAGUGAACUCAGUGAUUUCGAUUUUAUUGCCUACAGCAACAUAUUACGGUGGUUGGUACUGCGCAGUAGUAUGCCGACUUACACAAGGGCUUAGUCAAGCAUGUAUUUUGCCUGGACUCCAUACUACUCUUGGAAAAUGGGCACCUCUUCAUGAAAGAGGAAGAUUAAGUGCAUUCGUCUAUGGAGGUCAAGCUUUAGGAACUGUUUUCGGUCUACCACUGACAGGUUUCAUAUCAGCUUCACCUAUGGGUUGGCCUGGUAUAUUCAGAUUUUACGGUGUAGUAUCUGGACUAAUGGCCGUGCUAGUAUGUUUUUUCGUAUAUGAUACCCCGGCUCAACACUUGAAAAUUUCUGCUGCUGAGAAAGAAUAUAUUGAAAACGACUUAGGUUCCAGUGAAGGUAAAAAGAAAAUGCCGGUACCUUGGCUGAAAAUACUCAGCCAUAGAGGAGUAUGGGCUAUCAUCGUCGCACAUAUUGGUCAAACAUGGGGCCAACUUGUUUUGUAUUCAGAAGUACCAGCAUAUAUGAACAACAUUAUGGGAGUUAACAUUAAAGCGAAUGGAAUGCUGACCGCUUUGCCCUUCUUGAUGAUGUGGUUUUCCAACUUUUUCUUCAGUUGGUUCACUGAUUGGUUGAUUGUAAAUAAUAUAACAAGCGUUACAAAUACUAGAAAAAUUGCAAAUUCUUUAGGUAAUAUUCCAGCUGGCAUUGGCUUGAUAGUUUUGGCGUAUGCACCCAAUGAUAUUUAUGUUGUAGAAACAAUUUUAGUUAUUAUUUGUAUAUUCAAAAUAUCAGCUCACUGCGGAUUCCAGAUAAACCACAUAGAUAUAGCACCGAAUUAUGCGGGGACCAUGAUGAGUAUUAGCAACUUUAUAUCGAAUAUGGGAGCAUCACUAGCUCCAAUAGUAAUUGGAUUUAUACUAACCGAUGUAAGAGAUCAGUAUCUAUGGAGGCAAGUAUUCUUCUUGGCUGCUGGAUUGUACCUCGUCACGAAUCUAGUCUAUGUGAUAUUCGGAACUUCUGAAAAGGCUGAGUGGAACGAUCCACCACAAGAAGGAGAUGUUGAAGAAUCUAAACCGAUGAUGACUGAAAAUAAAAAGUAG